AUGGCCGCCCGCCAGUCGCCCAGCAACCCGUCCCUCGCACCCGCACCCUUGCCCGCCUGGCUCGCCUCGGUCGGCCGCGAACUUGACACCACCGCCCCGGUCCGCCUCGUCCCCUCGGCCCUCGCCGCCGGCGCAGGCCACCAGCUCGUCGCCUACCGCAACCACGCCGGCACAGAGCGCAUCUUUGCCCUCGGCCGCAACGAGCUCGGCCAGCUCGGCGUCGGCUUCGCCAGCCAGGAGGGCACUCGUGGCCUCGUCGAGGGCUUUGACGGCGACGGCAUCCUCGCCGCCGCAGCCGGCGUCCAGUCAUCCUACCUCGUCCUGCGCGAUGGAGACAGCACUCGGCUCUUCUCGAUGGGCAACCUCGCGCGCGGCCGACUAGGGCACCCGGCGCUCUUUCCACCCGCCGACGCUCUCCAAGAGCAUGAAGAACCGCGACAGCACUCGCUCCCGAGAGCCGCAGCAGUACCUCUACCGCCAGGGCUCGGGCCUAUUCGCCAAAUCGAGGCCGGCUUCGAGCACCUCCUCGUCUUGACCGAGGACGGCCAGGUGUGGGGCACGGGCUGCAACACGGACGGCCAGCUCGGGCUCGGCUCGGCGUCGUCCGACGUGUUCGAGCUCACGCGGGUCCCGCUCCCGCUCGCGGUCGAGCAGCAGGGCGGCGUCGAGCGCAUCAGUGCAGGAGCCGACACGAGCGCGUUGGUGACCAAGAGCGGAACGCUGUGGGUGUGGGGCAACUCGGAGUACGCCCAGGGCAUGCACGGCGAGAAAAUCGACCAGAUCACGUCGCCGCUCGCCAUCAAGCCCGACUUUCUGCCCUCGAACCGCCGCCUCGUCGACUACCGCUGCGGCGGCUCGUUCGCGCUCGCUCUCGACGACCGCGGGUCGGUCUACUCGGCGGGCUAUGAUCACGCCUCGUCAUCGGUCCUCUACACCUGGGGCCUCAACAACCCUCACGGCCGCCUCGCACACGGCGCCCUCCCUCCCUCGCGCUCGUCCCCCUCGUCCCUCGACCCGUCCAUCCCGCCCGCGGUCGCGCCGCACUCUCACGUGCCGCAGGAGGUCGCACUGCCACUCAGGCAGCUUGGGCUCGAGGCAGGCGCCGGCGAGGGAGAAGGCGAGGCGAGGUGGGAGAUUGGGGAGGUCGAGUGCGGGAUGGAGAGUCUCUGGGUCGAGCUGAGGGCCGAGGAGGACAUCGAGUAGCUGCUGCUGUGUGCAACGACGCUCGAUCGACAGA